AUGCCCAAGUACGCCCUAACAAGUGUUGGUGGAAACAUCGGCACUACCGCAGCAUCGUAUGCUUUAGAAAUUGUCCUGGUUGCACGAGGCUACAUGGCUGAGACUAGCAAUGACGUUGAGAUUCUUACUGGACGUAAACCACUUUCGUUCCAAGAGACGUUGUUGAGAUAUAAGCAUGCCUUUUCUUAA